UGUAGUCACAGCUAGGAGCACUAGGCAGGCUGCAGCCACUCCUCCCUCAUUCUACACAGCAGCAGCAGAGCCAACAUCCCGGCAGUCUCCUCUCUCACAGCCUUAAGACAUCCACCAUGGCAAGCGUACAAGAGAAACUCCUCACCAGCGUUACAAAUGACAAGACCAGCGUUCCAAAGAACAAGAUAACAAUUGUAGGAGUUGGGCAGGUCGGCAUGGCCUGUGCGAUCAGCAUCCUUCUAAAGGAACUGUGUGAAGAGCUUGCCUUGGUUGAUAUCUUGGAAGAUAAACUGAAGGGUGAAAUGAUGGACCUGCAACACGGAAGCCUGUUCCUUAAAACAAAGAUUGUGGCUGACAAAGAUUACCAUGUAACGGCAAACUCUAAGAUUGUAGUGGUCACUGGAGGUGUCCGUCAGCAGGAGGGGGAAAGCCGGCUCAACUUGGUACAGAGAAAUGUCAAUGUCUUUAAGUUCAUUAUUCCUCAGGUGGUGAAGUACAGCCCAGAUGCCACAAUCAUUGUGGUUUCCAAUCCAGUUGACAUCAUGACAUAUGUUACAUGGAAGUUGAGUGGCCUGCCACAGAACCGUGUCAUUGGAAGUGGAACUAACCUGGAUUCAGCAAGGUUCCGCUAUCUAAUUUCUGAGAAACUUGGUAUCCAUCCAACCAGCUGCCAUGGUUACGUCUUGGGGGAACAUGGAGACUCAAGUGUGGCUGUCUGGAGUGGUGUGAAUGUUGCUGGUGUUGCUCUGCAGUCCCUUAAUACUGCAAUUGGAACACCUGAGGAUAAGGAGAACUGGCAGGAAGUUCACAAACAAGUGGUGGACAGUGCCUAUGAAGUCAUCAGACUUAAAGGAUACACCAACUGGGCAAUUGGCAUGAGUGUGGCUGAACUGUCGGAAUCCAUAACCAAGAACCUGAGCAGAGUCCACCCUGUUUCCACAAUGGUGAAGAAUCUCUAUGGCAUUGAGAAUGAGGUCUUCCUGAGUCUCCCCUGUGUCCUGAACUCCCAGGGGCUGGUUGAUGUUGUGAAUCUGAAGCUAAAAGACUCUGAGGUUGCUCAGCUGAAGAAAAGCGCAAGCACAAUCUGGGACGUCCAGAAAGAUCUUAAAGACCUUUAAAGCACUACCUGAAAGUGGUCUGCACACAAUGCCUUGGUAGUUCUCCUGUUAUAUAAUGGUUUCUAAAGUAACAAUAGUUGUCAUAAUAAAAUGUGAUGGGACAGAA